AUGGAAGAGCAGGGAAUACAGCCACGCCGCGAAAAGCUAGAAGUGCCCUCCACCUCGCAGCUGGAGCGCCGGCUUUUGGUGGGAGACGCUCAGCCGCGGCGACCCAAGCGCAAGCCCGCGAUCAAGGCCGUGCCGCAGAGCGGGCUGCUGGACCGCCUGCAGGCCUUCCUGCCGACGCUGCAGGCCGCCAACGACGACCUGCAGCAGCAGCUGGCGGCGGGCCAGCCAGAGAGCGAGGUGGCCAUGGAGCGCGGCAGCGACGAUGAGAUGGAGGGCCCGUAUGUGGAGAUGGACCUCGCGUGCGGCCUGUUCGACCUUAAGGAUGCCACGGCGGUGGCAGCAGCAGAGCGCAGCCUGGUCAACCAGGGGGUGGCGGUAGAGAUGUUUCACGGCGGCAGCAGCAGCGACAGCGAUGGCGACGGCGGCGGCAGCGAGGGAGAGGAGGAGGGCUGGGGGCGAGGAGCUGACGUUGCAGCGGCAGACCUGAAUGGGCGCGGCGUGGUACCAUCAACGGCAGCACCACCACCAGGAGCGGCAGGAGAAGGAGCGCAGGCGAUGCAGGAGGAUGGGGGGGCAGCAGGGGACGUCCCGGCGGCGGCAGCUGAGGUGGGCCCGGCCGGGCGGCGGCGAAAGAAGGGCAAGCAGCGCAGCAAGCCGCGUGCGGGCAUCGAGGUGCUUUCUUAG